AUGUACAGGAGCAUUGUCAAGCUUCUUGCUGGGGAAGAGAAUGUAAAUUCUGGACUAUUGAGCAAGAGUGGCAGAAAAAAGGAGACUGUAAAAUUCCCAACUAAGAUUGCCGUAGCUGCAUUAAGCUACACUUCGGCUAACAGUAAAGGAAAGGAUUUUGAUGCGGACAGAACCCUAGUCAAUAUGUUGAGAAGAAAAACAAGAAAUGAUGAAGACGAUGAUAAUGAUCAGCUUCAAGGCCACUGGAACCAAGUCCAGGCAGGGGCUAAUCCAGGACAUGUGCUCCUGCUGAAUCAAGUACAGCAAGGGCCAGGGGCUAAUCCAGGACAUGUGCAACAGCUGAAUCAUAUCCAGCCAGGACACAAUCCAGGCCCGGCCCCCCCUGCAGGAGCAAGCCCUGCCAGAUGACAAUCCAGGCCAGGUGCCCCAGCCGGAUGAAGUCCAGGCAGGACACGAUGAAGACAUAGAUGAAGGCGCUACAUUGGCAACAGUUUUGGCUAGCAGAGAGAAAAUGAUGUGACUGUGUUUAAACUGCAUUC